CUCGUCCGCUUUCCCCUUCCUGCUUUCCUCUCCCUCGCUUCCUGCCUCUCUCUCCCCUGCAAAGAUGGACCCGCGGCGCCUGUAACAAAGACCCGGCCGGCGCCCUCCUUCCUCCCGACCGCCGCUCCGUGGGCCUCCUCUGCCGCCGCCGGGCUCGGGUUCGCCCCCUUGGCUGGCGGGGGAAGGAGUAGGAGGAGGGGGGCCGCUCUCUUUCUCGCCUCCUUCCCCCGGGACCCCCUGGGGCCGCAGGAGCCCUCUCCCCUGCCCCAUGCCUUGCUGAGAGAGGCCAUGGGAGCCCCGCUUUUCCACCCUGCAGCUGCUGGGAAGGGGCUGCCCAGUCGGUAGGGACUGAAAAAGACCCCCACCAUCAUUUCCCCCAUUCAGCAUCUCUCCCUAUUCUUUGUUUUGUUUUUCCCCAUUGGAAGCAAUCUUUCCCUCCAAUUCAACCCUUGCAGUGGAUCCUUCCUUCCUUUCCUUCUUAUCCACCUUCUUAAGAUAUACAUUUCAAUUAAUAUUCCCUGGACCCUUUCUUCCUUCCCUUCUUAAGACGUACAUUUCAGUUAAUACUUCCUUUUUGGGAUCUCUAGUUUUGCAGGGGCUUUCCUGGAGCCUGUAGCUUUCCAAGCAGAGGACUAGGCUGAGAUUGUGAAACUUUUUUCCCCUCCCCUCCCUCCCAAAAGCCCAUAAACAUAGCAACCAUCUUUUCCAUACUUUUCUGGAUUCCACUCUUCUCUCCUCCUUGCAGAUCCACAUUGCAAAAUUCCAGAUUCCAAGGCAAUAGGCCCCUUCCCUCUGUAUUUUGAAGUGAACUUCUGAUAUUGACCCCCAUAUUCCUGAUUCCAAGGGUCAUCACUAAUUCUUUUUCUCUCUCCUACUUGCAGACCCACCUUGCAAAGAUUCUGCCCUCUUUUAUCCAUCCAAAAAGGCCCUUUCCCUCUGUAUUUUGAAGUGCACUUCUGAUAUUGACCCCUAUAUUCCUGAUUCCAAGGGUCUGAACUAAUUCAUUCUCUCUCCUACUUGCAGACCCACAUUGCAAAGAUUCUGCCCUCUUUAUCAAUCCAAAAAGGCCCUUUCCCUCUGUAUUUUGAAGUGCACUUCUAAUAUUGACCCCUAUAUUCCUGAUUCCAUCGCUAAUUCACAUUCAUUUAUGCCCCCUAAAGUGUUGGAAAAGAGAGCCCGAGCUGCCUGUUACAUUUCCAGACAUCUUCCUAAGCUUCCAAAAGGGAAAUAAAUAAAUUCUCCAUAUCUCUGCUAUAUACUGAGAUAUAUUUUGAUCGUUCGCAUUUUUAACGUAAUUGUUUAUUCUGCAGAAAUCUCAUUGAACAGUUGUUAUUCAGUAAUAAAUGCCUCAUCUCUCUGCUAGAUACAUUUCGAGUUAGUUCGCAUUUCUAAUUCAUUGUUUAUUUUGCGGAAAUCUCAUUGAAUUGUUGUUAUUUGGACUGUCCAGUCGAGCAAUCCUCUCCAACUGAUUUUUCUACAGUCCAGAUGCCCGCGAAUCCGCUUGGACUCUUAUUUUGAGACAUUUGGACUCUUAUUUUGAGACAUGAUCCUUUUCUUUUUGCAACCCAGCAUUCUGAACUUCAUGUCGUCCUUCAUAGAAAACUCUUAAAAACUAGCGAGAAAAGUAUUCCCCAAAUCGUAGGGCAAUGGUUUAGAUCAAAGUAGGGUUUCUCGCAUCUGAAUUCCCCCCAAAUUGAAAAACAAAAACCCACCAACUUUCAAACUGAUCCAUCAUCAAAAGAUAAAUCGGACCGACAUUUCCAGCAAUUAUUUAGGGGAUUUCUUAUUCUCAAAGUACCCCAAGAUCCCGUUGUUUGUUGUAAGAUGGUAGAACUUUAGAGAGACCUGGAAACCGAGUCCAGAGAAACCCUAAAAACAAGUCCGUAUUUAGAUAGAUUCUUGAAAGCCCGUAAUUUUUGAGCACCUAGGUUUCUUUGCUAGUCACCCUCAAAAGUCUUGCAUAAUUCUUUGGAAAGAUACCGUGAAGUUCUUUCUUGACCCACAAGAGCACAUCACACUUUCAAUACUGGAAACAAGCAACCUCCCUCGCCGAAUAGCAUCCAGAUCUGAUAUUUAUUUCCUUGCGUCCAAUGGCUUUUCAGGACCCCAAUCAUCCCUUGCAAGCUCAGCUUUGUAGCAAUGUUUUUGGGGCUCUGACCGGGCUCAUCCAACCCCCCUUAGCGGCUGGGCUGGGUGGCGGGCAGAAGUAUUAUUGCAAUAAUGGCAUACAGAUAGCCUCUCCGCAACAACAGCAAGCGGCGCCCGGUAGCGCGGUGAUGGUCGAGCCGGAACCUGACCGGCCCAUUGGUUAUGGUGCUUUUGGCGUGGUAUGGUCAGUGACAGAUCCCCGCGACGGAUCUCGAGUUGCACUCAAAAAGAUGCCCAACGUUUUCCAGAACUUGGUCUCUUGCAAACGGGUCUUCAGAGAGCUGAGAAUGCUCUGUUACUUCAAGCAUGACAACGUCCUCUCAGCGUUGGACAUUCUCCAGCCUCCACAAAUAGACUGUUUUGAGGAAAUUUACGUCAUCACUGAGUUGAUGCAAAGUGACCUUCACAAAGUCAUCGUGUCUCCACAACCUCUCAGCGCUGAUCACAUCAAGGUCUUUCUCUAUCAGAUCCUCAGGGGGCUGAAAUAUUUGCACUCUGCUGGUGUUCUUCACCGGGACAUCAAACCUGGGAAUUUACUGGUCAACAGCAACUGUGUCCUCAAGAUUUGUGACUUUGGUUUGGCCCGGGUAGAGGAGCCCGAUGAGUCCCAGCACAUGACUCAAGAAGUGGUAACUCAAUAUUACCGGGCCCCUGAAAUCCUGAUGGGGACCAGACACUAUGGCCGCCCCAUUGAUAUUUGGUCUGUGGGCUGCAUCUUCGCUGAACUCCUUGGCAGGCGUAUCCUCUUCCAGGCUCAGAGCCCUAUUCAGCAGCUGGACCUGAUCACAGACCUCUUGGGGACACCUCCUGCUGCCGCCUUGCAUUCAGCCUGCGAAGGGGCCCGGGCCCACAUCCUGCGUGGGAAUCACAAGCCACCGUCGCUGUCUGUCCUUUACAUGCUCUCAGGAGAAGCCACCCAUGAGGCCGUCCAUUUGCUCUGCCGGAUGCUGGUCUUUGACCCGGCCAAGAGGAUCUCUGCCAAGGAUGCGCUCUCCCACCCCUACCUGGAUGAGGGGCGGCUGCGUUACCACACCUGUAUGUGCACCUGCUGCUUUUCCGUCUCCUCGGGUCGAGUCUACACCAGUGACUUUGAGCCCCGGGCCGACCCCAAGUUUGAUGGCUCUUAUGAGAAGAGCCUCACCUCUGUCUGGCAGGUCAAAGAACUGGUGCACAGGUUUAUCUUGGACCAACAACGAGGGAAGCGGGUCCCACUCUGUAUCAACCCCCAGUCGGCUGCCUUCAAAACCUUCAUUCGCUCCACAGCGUGGCACUCUUCCAAAGUCUCCAAAAAGGAAGAGAGAUGAAGGUGACAAUUUUUAACAGAGAAAAAGGGAAAAGAAGGGAGACUGGAAAAAGAAAAGAAUGAAGAAGGCAGACGAGCUUCCUGUUGGGAGACAAAACGAAAGAGAGAGAAAAAAGAGAAGAGCCACUGUUCUUAAUCCUGCACUCUUGAAUAUUUUGACUCAUGGACAGACUUUUGGGAUGGGGUUGGGGAAUGACAAUGUCUUUUUUAAUGAUUAUGAUUAAUAUUAUUUGUGGUGGAAUGGUUAGGAAGAGAUUCUUUUGGCAUUGAUUGGUGUCUUUUGCUCCCUCCACCGUUCCUGUUCUGCACUGGAAAACCCUGUAGGUUGUAGGUCUCUUCCUCGUAGGACCUCCUUGCCUGCCCAAAUCUGCACUGGACCUGACACACUUGCAUUCCCCCCUCAUCUUCCCCAGUUAGCCUUUCCUUGUGAUCCUGUGUGUGGGCUGCAUCUUGCCACAUCCAAAGGGGAAGUGACGUAGGAGUGGAUAUAUUUGUGACACUUCUUUCAACCUCUCCUUCCCCCUGCUCUUGAAUCUGCAAUUGAAUCAGUGAGUAAUAGCCCUGUCCCUUAUCUGGCUGUGUUUGCCUAUUCCUCUCUGCAAAACAAUGCCCUCCAAAUAAGGGGUAUUGUAUUUUAAUUUUUUUACAUUGGGACAUACUCUAGAAUCCCAAUUCUUUUUUAAAAAAAUUAAAUAUACCACUAGGUUGUAUGUGAGGUCAAUGUUCUCACUUUUUGGGACUUUGAAAAAAGGGCCUAAAAAGGUCAGAAACAUAAUUAAAUUGCCCUCUGCACCCACUAAUGAGUAUUUUGGGGGGACCAAACAUUCAAAUGUAGAAUUGUAUGUGGAUGGUAGCCCUCAAAGCUUCCCUGAGUAAAUCCUGAUAAUUUGCCAGGUCAUUUCUUGGAAACUUUUGGCAUUCAAGAUGUUUUGGCCUACAUUUCCCAUUAGACUCAUCCAGCAUGGGUGGAAAAUGUGGCCUGUUCUUGCCUUAGAUCACUGGUUCUCAACCUGUGGGUCCCCUGAUGUUUUGGCCUACAACUCCCAGAAAUCCCAGCCAGUUUACCAGCUGUUAGGAUUUCUGCGAGUUGAAGGCCAAAACAUCUGGGGACCCACAGGUUGAAAACCACUGCCUUAGAUGCUCCAAAAGUAACUUUCUAAGCUGAUUUUUUGCCAUUCCUUGCAAUCUGGAAGAUGAUUCCAAUGUCAAUAGAUUAUGAAUCCACUCUUAGUGAACUUGAACUAUCCAAUGUGCUGGAUCCAUUUUAUUGAAAGGGUACAAUAAUUUCAAUAGUAUGGUUUUAGUCUAGACUAGAACCUGAAGCCAAUAGCCUUCAGAGAUACAUCGAAUUGCAUAUACUGAGAACUAUGAAGAAAAGCACAUUGGGAAGUGGGUGCUUGGGCUAUAUAUAGCAGUGGUUCCCAAUGUAUUUUUAAAGGCUUUCAUGGCCAGAAUCACUGGAUUGUUGUGAGUUUUCCGGGCUGUAUGUCCAUGUUCCAGAAGCAUUCUCUCCUGACGUUUCGCUUGCAUCUUUGGCGGGCAUCCUCAAAGGUUGUGGGGUCUCUUGGCAACUAGGAAAACAGGGCAAGCUAAUCACCCAACAAAGAAUUUCACCAGGCAGUGAGAAGCCAGACCUUGAAACUCCUGAGUCAUUAAAUGCUAGUCAAGGUGGCCAAUUGAAACAUUCACACCUACCUCGAAAGACAAGAGUUCUUUCUCCCACCCUGGAUAUUCCCAGAUAUAAACCCAAUUUUCCUAGUUUCCAACAGACCUCACAACCUCUGAGGAUGCCUGCCGUAGAUGCAGAUGAAACAUCAGGAGAGAAUGCUUCUGAAACAUUGCCAUACAGCCCGGAAAACUCACAACAACUUAGUGGUUCCCAACCUUUGGGCCUCCAGGUGUUUUGGACUUCAACACCCAGAAAUCCCAACCAGCUUACCAGCUGUUAGCAACUGUGGGAGCUGAAGUCCAAAACACCUAGAGGCCCAAAGUUUGGGAACGACUGAUAUAUAGAGUAGUGGGUCUUGACUUCAUUGCUCUCUAUGUUUAGGACUUUGGGCUCCCAGAAUCUCUGACCAUUUGACGUACAGGCGGGACUUCUGGGAGCUGGAGUCCAAAAUACCUAGAGGAACCAACAUUUAAGGACUACACAUAGAGAAAUAUAUACAAUGCCUCCCUUGAGUACUGUUUGGGUGCCUCCCCAGAACCGCAGCUGGAGUGGGCAAGACCGAGAAGUUACUUUUUCUGGGUGUAUUUGGGGCGUUGUAGACCUUCAAACAGUAAUUAUCCUCUCCAAUGUUCUGUUCCUUUUACCACUUUUAUAUUUCAAUUUGCUAUCAAGAUGAAUCUAAAGCCACUUGGAGUUCCCUCUAAAGUUCAGUAAGUCCUUCCUCCUACCAUUAAAAUAGUUCCACUCCCUGCAGCCAGAUUAUUCCCUUUGCCUUUUCCUCCCCAACAGCUCAUGUUAUUCAAUGUAUUCCUUCACUUUUGUCAUACCCUUUCAAAAAUCUACCUCUAUCUUCCUUGUAGUCAUUUUUUUUGAAAAAACACUCUUUUGGUGCAUUAAUUUGUUGACAUUUUUGUUUUCCUCGUGUUUGUUUUUCUUUUUAAAAAAAAUAGCUGGUGGGUGUUUCAUUCUAAUUGUUUUUGUUUGGUUUGGUUCAUUUCCUUUAUUUAUGGUUACAGCAGUUUUUAUAUACUUGUUCAAGUUCUGAGCACGUGUUUGUCUGUGCGUAAAUAUAUAUAAAUAUAUUCUACCCUCGUCCCUGGAAAAGAAAAAAAAAACCAACCUGAAAACUUGAACUGUCUUGGCUGUAAUAAUCCCCUCUCCCCUAAUUUAAUCAUGCUCCCUGGUAGCUGAAUUAAAUUUAUGCUGUGUAA